GUCAACAGACUAACAGUGGGCCAACGUUGGCAAAUGGUCGGCGCGUUGGUCGACCGUUGGUGUUGGCUUCACAACAUUGGCCCAACGUUGGCAAAUUGUCGGUCCGUUGGUCGCAAGUUUAUGUUGGCUACACAACAUUAGCCCAACGUUGGCAAAUUGUCGGUCCGUUGGUCGCAAGUUUAUGUUGGCUGCACAACAUUGGCCCAGCGUUGGUAAAUUGUCGGUACAUUGGUCGCACGUUGGUGUUGGCUGCAUAACAUUGGCCCAACGUUGGUCUGUUGUUGGAAAUUCAUAUUAUUAUUUCAUGUUGGUUAUAAAUAAUCGGGCAACCGUUGGCAUAAUGUUAGUAGCAACACAGGGCCGAUAUGAAAUUUAGUUAAUAGAAUUGAUUGUAUAAUAUUUUACGCUUUAUUUCUCUUGGGAGGCGGAUAGUUUCGAUUGCAGCAGGCUUUAUGAAAAGUUAAUGUUAUACCGAAAGUGUUUAUAAACUGAAAUUACAUUUACAACUCUAUGUUGGGCCAAUGCUGGGCCAACGUUGAUCAUAUAUUAUACUCUAUAUAUAAGUCAGGUAAAAUCUAUUCUGGAAUAUCAUUACUGUAAUAAAAAUAUGUAUAUCGUAAACAUAGAUUGCCUGGUUAAAAAUUAAAAUUUAUUGCAAUCAUUAUUUAUAAUAAAUUUAUUCAUUAAACUUUGUGAAACAUAAUAAUAGCAAUUAUAUGCAGAGUGAUAUUUGAUACAGCCAGUCUGUUAAUCAAGCCGAUUCUGAUAAGGUUGACCAUAUGUUCGACAAAUUUCAAAGAUAGUUGCUAUGGUAAUUAAGUUUAUAGGAAAUCUGAAUGUAAUGGGAUGGUCACUUUUGUGACUAUUUCCUGUUGUGUAUUUGUAAGAAAGCAGUGAUACGAAGAAAAAAAAAAGAGAAAAUCAUGUCAUCUGAGAUUCAAAGAGAAAGAAAGUAACAUAGUCGGUCAGAAAAAAAACAUAGCUGUAAAGAGUCUUCGGAUAAGGAGAUAGAUGAUGCAGCUUAAGAUUGGCUGCGCUUAUGCCUUGACAAAGAAGGUGGCAAGAAACAGGAGAAGGGAAAACAGGGAAAUACAUAAUAAUGACACUGUUGAAGUUCAAAUUGAGGAGGACACUCCUCGUGGUGACGACAAAUGAAAUCAAAUUUAAAAUAAAUAAAGUUUCAUCUUCUGAAUUAUUUAAUUUUCAUUCUGGAUCUGGAACCAAUACAACUAAAAUUACAUCUCCGAAAAAACUAUUUGUAUGAUCGCCUAACCAUAAGCCAUACGUCAUUUUUUCUGUUAAAGGAAUAAAUGAAAUUGAUAUGAAAAAAGAAGAUGUGGUAUGAUUACUAUUGAGACAACUUUUUACAAGACACCAAAUGACACAGAGUUUAUCUUGUCGAUCCAUCAAACAUUGCCAAAUAAAUAUCUUAGCGUCACACAAUAAAUAAAAUUAAAAAGGCAAAGUUCAAGAAAAAAAAACAAGGACAGUAACAACAAUGGGUAAUACAAAAAUACAGAAUUGCUACCUUAAACUUUGGCAGUUUGGAACACAAAAAAAAAUCAAAUGUGCUCCGAAGUAUUUAUCAUAUAUCCAGCUCCUCAUGCAGCAUCCAUUGUAAUGUGGUUGAUACAAUAGACCAACGUAUUGCCAACACAAAAAUGAGAAAUAUCUACCUUGGACCAACAUAGUGCCAACAUAAGAAAAGAUAUUUUUACGUUGGUCCAACGUUGUGCCAACAUGGAUUUCGUUUUUCAUACAAUGGGCCAACGUUGGCCCUAUGUAUUGCAUAUAACCGUACAACGUUGGGCCAACAUCAAGCCAUCAUGUUGGGCCAACGUAGGCCCACUUUGCACUUAUACGUUGGGCCAACGUUAAAAUACAACGAUGGGCCAAUGCAAUGAUAUACGUUGUGCCAAUGUUGGGCCAACAUACUCAUGUUGUCUGGGUAGACGUAGUAAAGAUGUUGUUAGAUGCAGGAGCAGACUAUAAUAAAUGUAACAACAACGGUUUGUCACCUAUAUUGCAUGCUUGUAAAAAUGGACAUACAGAAAUGGUUAAAAUGUUGAUAGAUAUAGGAGCAGAUUAUAAUGAAUGUGUCUGUAAUGUUUGGUCACCUUUAAUGUUUGCUUGUAGGUACGGACGUGAUGAAAUAGUUAAUAUGUUGAUAGGUAUAGAAGCAGAUUGUGAUAAAUGUAAUAAAUCCGGGCAGUCACCUUUAAUGUGUGCUUGUGAUAAUGGUCAUACAAAAAUAGUCAGUGUCCUGUUAGAUAGAGGAGCAGAAUAUAAUGCAUAUAAUAAUAAUCACCAGUCACCUUUAAUGUUUGCUUGUGAUAAAGGAUAUACAGAAAUAGUAAAGAUGUUAUUAGACAAAGGAGCAGAAUAUAAUGAAUAUAAUUAUAGCCACCAGUCACCUUUAAUGUUUGCUUGUAUGCGUGGAUGUACAGAAAUAGUAAAGAUGUUAUUAGACAGAGGAGCAGAUUAUGAUAAAUGUAAUAAAUACGGGCAGUCGCCUUUAAUGUGUGCUUGUGAUAAUGGUCAUACAAAAAUAGUCAAUGUCCUGUUAGAUAGAGGAGCAGAAUAUAAUGCAUAUAAUAAUAGUCACCAGUCACCUUUAAUGUUUGCUUGUAGGAGUGGUUUGACAGAAAUAGUAAAGAUGUUAUUAGACAGAGGAGCCGAAUAUAAUGAAUAUGAUUAUAACCACCAAUCACCUUUGAUGUUUGCUUGUAGGAGUGGAUUUACAGAAAUAGUAAAGAUGUUACUAGACAGAGGAGCAGAUUAUAAUAAAUGUGAUAAUGAUGGUUAUUCACCUUUAAUGUUAGCUUGUAAAAGUAGUAAUAUAGUGGAAUUAUUAUGUUAACAGUAGAAUAUCACGAGUGAGACAAAUAGGGUUGGUCACCAGGAGUGAAUGUAUUUCCAAAGAACAAACAGAAAUAGUACAGAUGCAG